AUGGAGAAACAUGAGAUAGAGGAGCCAAGCUCCACUGAGCACCUAGACGACCAGGUCAAGACCAUAUCUCAAAAGAUAGAGCUUGAAGACCCAUAUGCUCACUUGAGCCCUGAAGAAAGACAGAAGCUGGACAGAGCACUUCUGUGGAAGCUCGACCUCAAAUUAGUCCCUUGGCUUUCGUUGCUGUACCUUGUCAGCUUCCUAGACCGAACGAAUGUCGGAAACGCAAAGCUCGAGGGCCUCUUGAAGGAUCUUCGUCUCUCAGAUGGCCAAUAUGCGGCAGCUUUGACCAUAUUCUUUGUUUCUUAUUCCAUUUUUGAGCCAUUGACCAACAUCUUAUUGAAAAAGUUAAAACCUAGUCUUUUUAUUCCAAUUAUCAUGGUUGUCUGGGGUAUCUGUAUGACUACUAUGGGCCUUACUAAGAACUUUUCAGGCUUCAUGGCCGCGAGAUGGUUCCUAGGAUUCACCGAAGCGGGACUUUUCCCAGGUGUCGGCUACUUUUUAUCCUGCUGGUACAAACGAACCGAAUUCGGUAUUCGAAUGGCUAUCUUUUUCUCUGCGGCGGCCGUGGCCGGCUCAUUUGGUGGUCUUCUUGCUGCUGCAAUUGCAAAAAUGAAUGGCGUUGGAGGCAAAGAAGGCUGGGCUUGGAUCUUUAUCCUGGAAGGCUUAGCUACAAUCGUCAUCGCUAUAGCAUCGUUUUGGAUGGUGCAAGAUUUCCCAGACACUGCAACAUUCCUAUCCGAAGAUGAUCGGAAACGAGUCCUAUUGCGCCUUGCAAAGGACAAGCAAGCCAGUGCUGGACAUGAAGACUUCAAAAUGGAGUAUUUCUGGGCUAGUAUAAAAGACUGGAAAACUUACGUUUCUGCUUUCAUAUACGCUGGAUGUGUUGGGCCACUCUAUGCUUUUUCGCUCUUUCUCCCUACCAUAAUCAAGGAACUAGUGAGUUUUCACCUCUAUCUAUAA